AUUAAUCAAGAUCAUUAUCAUUAGCAUUAUCAUUAUUAGCCAAAAAAGCUAUCGAUUUCCAUACUAAUUAUCGCCUUUGUCUACGAAAGCAACUAUGUGCACUAUAUUUUAGUUAAGUGAAAAGAAAAACCAGUGUUGGUAAACAGUGAAAAUUGAAAAAUGCGCACAACUUCAGGCAGCUGGCCAAAGUUUUCAUUGCUGUGCAGCAAAUACAACCACGCCAAUCACAAAGACGUCGCCACCUAAGCGACAACGCAAGCAACAGCAACUGCAACUGAAACGAAACCAGUGUUAAACAGAAAACAGUGUUGAACAAUGUCGUCGGAUACGAAUUCGUGCGCGAGCUUCUUUGCUCAGGAGCAUGCAAAUGCGACGCUCUCGCAAUACUUUCAGCAGCUCAACUCGCAGGUGGCUGCAGUUGUGGCCAGCAACAGCGGCAGCAGCAGCAAUAAGGGCAACAACAACAACAGUAGCAGCAGCAGCAGCAGCAACAGCAGCAGCAACAACAACAACAGCAACACCAACAACAACGGCAGCAGCAGCAGCAGCGGCGGCAACAGCGACAGCGGCAACGACGGCAGCUUGUCCGGCUCAGCAGCAACAGCAUUGGACAACCAUCGCAGCAGCGUCAGCAGCAAUGAUUCCGGCAAAAGCAGCAGCAACAACAGCAACAGCUCCUCUGCAACAGCAGCAGCAGCAGCAGCUGCAGCGGCUGCGGCAGCCGCAGCGAAUGCCUGGAACUUGCAGCAGCAGCAAACAGCAGUGCUGCAUCACCAUCAUCAGCAACAGCAGCAGCAACAGCAGCAGCACCAACAGCAGCAGCAACAGCAACAGCAACAGCAGCUGCAGCAGCAGCAGCAGCAUCAUGCACAGCAGCAACAUGCUGCUCAGCAGCAGCAACAGCAGCAGCAGCAGCAUCAAUUGCAGCAGCAUCCGCAGCAACAUCAUCCACAUGCCCACAAUCCGCACUUGCAUCCGCAUCAUCCGCACCAGCAGCAACUACACCAGCAACAUCAGCAGCAACAGCAACACCAGCAGCAACAGCAGCAACAUCAUGCUGCACAGCUGGCGCACACGCUCUCCUCGGCAGCAGCUGCUGCCGCCGCUGCGUCCAACACCAACACCCACUCGAUCUUUGGCACCGGCAACUUCCACUACAAGACGAACAACUCGUGGACGCUGCCGACGCUCAGCUAUCAGCGCAUCUAUCAGGAGAACUCGCACUAUCAUCAGCGCAGCAACAGCUUUAUGGAAGCCCAAAGCUCGACCAAUGAGGCAGCGGCGGCGGCAGCAGCAGCUGCAACGGCUGCUGCAGCGGCGGCGGCGGCUGCUGCUGCGGCGGCAACAGCGACAGGCAACGGCAACAACAACAGCAGCAACAACGCCACUGAUAACCACAGCAGCAGCAACAACAACAACAGCAACAACAACUCCAGCAGCAACAACAACAGCGGCGGCAGCAGCAACAACAACAGCAACGUCUCAUCUGUGCAGCAUGUGGCAAGCGCCGUGGCAGCUGCAGUCAUCGCCAGCGAGCACCAAAACCAUUUGAACAGCUUGAAGGCGCGCUUUCAGCCAUCCAGCUCAGGCAGGAAAUCUCCAUUUUUGGGUUUUAUUUGCAAAGCAAACGGCAAAUCCACAUCGAAUAGCAAAGAAAUCAUCUGCCCCGAUGACAAAUACAAAGAGGAGGGCGACAUUUGGAAUGUUGAGGCGCAAACCGCAUUUCUUGGCCCCAAUCUGUGGGACAAAACCUUGCCCUACGAUGCGGACCUCAAGGUAACACAAUAUGCGGACUUGGACGAGUUCUUGUCGGAGAACAAUAUACCCGACGGCCUGCCGGGCACCCAUUUGGGCCAUGCGGGCGGCCUCGGCCAUCGAUCCGAUUCCCUGAGCCAUGCAGCUGGCCUGUCCCUGGGUCUGGGGAACAUAACCACAAAGCGCGAGCGAUCGCCGUCGCCCUCGGAUUGCAUUAGUCCCGACACGCUAAAUCCGCCAUCGCCGGCCGAAUCAACAUUUUCAUUCGCAUCGUCGGGGCGGGACUUUGAUCCGCGCACCAGAGCAUUCUCCGACGAAGAGCUCAAACCGCAGCCGAUGAUUAAAAAGUCACGCAAACAAUUUGUUCCAGAUGAGCUCAAGGACGACAAAUACUGGGCCCGACGACGAAAGAACAACAUCGCGGCCAAACGGUCCAGAGACGCGCGUCGCCAGAAGGAGAAUCAGAUUGCGAUGCGUGCACGCUACUUGGAGAAGGAAAAUGCCACGUUACAUCAGGAGGUCGAGCAGCUAAAACAGGAGAACAUGGACUUGCGUGCGCGUCUAUCGAAAUUCCAGGAUGUGUAAUGAACAUAAAUAAAGAUGUAAAAAUGUGACUUUGAGCGAUACGAAAUAC